AUGGGUAACGAAGAAGACGAUGAUUGUUUCUUUGAUGCUCCUGAAGCAGUUGUAUCAUCAUCGUCUCUCUCACAAGACUUUGGUUUACAUCUCUGGACUCAGGAUCCCGACAGUGUCUCCAAUCGACGCCGUAAGUUUUUCCAAACUAUGGGCUUUAGUCUCAAAAAGUCUGCAACUGAAGACGAUUCCUUGGACUCUCAUCAAGAUGAUGAAACCGAACCACCACUUAAGUCUCUGCUUUCUGGUGAUGGAGUGAAAGAAGUUGAUUUGUUGUUGAGGAAUGAAUCUACUACUUCGUCCUCUGGAUUUGAUCAAUCCUUUGUUUCAUCGUCUUCCGAGGACACGGAUGAUCAAACCUUGUUGUCUAGGAACGAUUCCAGUAAUGGCAGUAGUGUGCCUGAAGGAUUGAGUGAGUCCGGUUCUAGUAAAUCCGGUAGCUUUGGCGAUUUUCACAACUCUCCAUCGAGUCAAAGAGACGAUUCGAUUAAGAAAGGAGGCGCUAAAUCUUGGUUAAAGAAGCUACGUGUUUUGACACAUGUCCUUGACUCUAUAGACUGCUGCGAAUCAGUUGGAUCGCCGUUGAAGCGAAUUGCUCGAGUGCAGACGUAUAAAAAACAGUUUAAAGAGCUCUCAUCUCUGUGUAACGACCAAGAGUUUUCAGCGCAUGAUGGCCCCAUCUUAGCCAUGAAGUUUUCUCUUGAUGGGAAAUACAUUGCGAGCGCUGGUGAAGACUGCGUUGUUCGAGUUUGGAGCAUUACUGAGGAAGAGCGAACAGACAAGUACGAAGUGGCUGAGGUUGAGUCUGCUGUCUACUUUGGGAUGAACCAACAUUCACAGAUUGAGCCUUUGAAGAUUAACAAUGAGAAAACAGAAAAGAAGACAACAGGUUUUUUGAGGAAAUCGCCGGAUUCAACUUGCGUUGUGUUACCUUCUACGAUCUUUAGUAUAUCGGAGAAGCCCUUGCAUGAGUUUGUAGGACAUGUAGGUGAAAUAUUGGAUCUUUCCUGGUCAGACAAAGGGUAUCUCCUGUCAUCAUCUGUGGACGAGACUGUUCGUUUAUGGAGAGUAGGUUCUGAUGAAUGCCUCAGAAUUUUCUCUCAUAAAAAUUUUGUGACUUGUGUGGCAUUCAACCCUGUGGAUGAUAAUUACUUAAUAAGCGGAUCGAUUGAUGGGAAAGUUCGAAUAUGGGAUGUGUCCCGUUCUCGGGUUGUUGACUACACAGAUAUAAGAGACAUUGUAACUGCUGUGUGCUAUUGUCCAGAUGCAAAGGGUGUAGUUAUAGGUUCCAUGACAGGGAUCUGUCGCUUCUACCAUACGAUUGAUAACCAGCUGCAACUAGACAGGGAGAUCAACUUACAUGGGAAGAAGAAGCUUCCAAGCAAAAGGAUCACUGGUCUUCAGUUUUUUCCCAAUGACUCGGACAAAGUAAUGGUUACUUCUGCUGAUUCACAUGUUCGAAUCGUAUGCAGAGAGGACGUAAUCUGCAAGCUUAAAGCUUCUAGCCUUCGCACAACAUCUGCUUCACUUACUUUAGACGGGAAACACAUUGUCUCAACAGCAGAGGACUCAGGCAUUCAUGUCUGGAAUUACUCUCAAUUACCUAGCAAGAAACCUUCUUCUGGAAAACCGAAAAGCAUCCGGUCUUACGAGGGAUUUCUCUCACACAAUGCGUCUGUGGCUUUACCUUGGCUCAGAGAGGGAAGCAGGAACAGUCUGAGCGAAUGCAUCACAGAUUUGGACAAGCAAACACCGAAAGUGGACUGUUUCUCUCCAAUGAAAGGGUCAACAACUUGGCCUGAAGAGAAGCUGGAUGAAGCUGCAAUGAGUAGCAGAGGGAAGCUGAAGCUUCUGAGGAACGCGUAUCAGCCUCACCUGUGGGGGCUUGUGGUCGUGACAGCGACUUGGGAUGGAAGGAUCAGAGUAUUCCACAACUACGGUUUGCCAAUUCGGGUCUAA